AUGAGCGAUAGUCAGCCGGAAGUGCAAGUCUGGCAGCGCAUGGGUCUGCCCACCGAUCGACACGGAAUGGCAUACCGACUGCGAACACCCACUUCCGUGCGAAAGAGGAGUCAGGAGAUUGCCAGCCAGACUCAACUAGGGAUCAGCGUCGCGACUGCGGAAGACGGAGGAGACUCGGUGGAAUUAGGGUCCUGUGGGCGCCUGAUACCUGAAGAUCUCAAGAACUUCUGGAUAAUGCUCGUGUGCACACACGGAUGGAGCCGCAAAAGUCGCGGAAAGGGGAUACGUAAGUCCUACUUUGAGAAGUCAACAGGGAUUCAAGGCAAACGUGAAAGCAGCAGUGGCGUGGAACGACAGUGA